UCCGCCGGGCCGCGCCGCGCCGCGCCGGGGUAGGGUGCUGCGGGCCCGGGGGGCGGCGGGGCCGGCGCCUUCGGGAGAGGCCGGUGGGGGCCCGCUGUCCCCCGCGGCGAGGGGGCUGCUGGCCACGGCAGCGAUGGCGUCGGUGUUCUCCCGCGGCUGCAGGGUGACGGGCCUGCGUGAGGAGGAGCAGCGUGGAGGAGGCUGAGGGGGCCCUUCCCGCGCCGGGAGCCGCCGGCUGUGCCGGGCUCACGCCGCCCUGACCGCCCUGGCAGAAGUGCUUGUGUCUUUGGUGGUUUUGACCCUCAGGAGGGGAAGCUGACUCAGUCUGAAGAGAAAGCAUUAAACUCAUUGGGUAUUUGGAAAACUAUAUUUGCUGCUGUUCCGGGACUUACUUCAAAGACGUCAGGGGAGUGAUAGCCUAAAGAUGGGAGAUCAAGAUGCAGGUGAACCCUUUCUGGGUAUAGUGGCUGGUGACUACGAAGGAGUUCUGCCCUCUGACACAGUGUCACUCAGUGAUUCCGAUUCUGAUGAUUUUGGGUUAGCGGAUGAAGCUGAAGUUGAUACAAUAUCUCCUGAGGAGCCAUCUACAGAUGAUGGGGGUUACAGAUCAGGGGAGACUUCUGACUCUUCAAAUAGUAGUCGUAAAUCUCCCAUCCAGCCAUUCCACCUGAGAGGCAUGAGUUCUACGUUCUCUCUCCGUAGCCAGAGCAUUUUUGAUUGCCUGGAAGAGGCAGCCAAGCUGUCUGUGCCCUCGAUGGCUGAAGAUAAUGUUGUUGAUGGCAGGUUUAAACGUCCUCUGCCUCCAACUACUGUUUCAAGUAACACGGUUCCAGAAAGCCCUGGAAAGCAAAUCAAACCAGUGCAAGCUCCCAGAACUUCUGCUGCAAUCCCUGACUACGUGGCUCACCCAGAGCGCUGGACCAAGUAUAGCCUAGAUGGCGUUUCAGAGUCUAGUGACAAGACUAACAGGGCAGUGGCCAUGGAAUUUCUAGAGGGUUUGAAGAAAAGAGGAGAGGAACAAAGCUCAGCUCUCCAAGAUAGCUACACCCCAUACUUCAACCAGGAUCCCUCUAGCUGUGGCGCUGGAAGGAUUGUCUUCACCAAACCAACUAAAAGGGGUGUUGAUGGACUGGAAAAGAAAAUGUCAGCAGGAGAGGAUGAGAAGAAACACACAAAAACGGAUCUGAGAGGAAAAUCUCCUAAGAAGACUGAGGACUUGAGGGAGGAGGAUAAGGUAGAGUUGGAACAUUUAGAUGGUGGAAGUGGGAAGGCAACAGAGGAAGAGGGGUGCCUGAUGAUCGGGGACCUAAACAGAGAAGAUAAACUUAGUGCAAAGUUAAGUGAUGCAGAUGAAGAGCCAUUGGUGGAAAUAGUUGGAUUCCAUUGCAGUAAAAAGAGAAAUAGGAAAAAUUUCCGACCUAAAGUAGACCACGAAGAGGAAGAGUCCUGAAGGGUGGAGCAAAACCAGAGACAUCCAAGGACUUGUAUUGUUCUAGGAGAUCACCUUUAGAUACGUUUGCUUUUUCUUAGCCUUCUUUUUUUUGGUCAGGAAAACAAGUGAUAGCUUUUUAUCUAAGAGUUGCAUCAUAACAUCCAAGUCCACUUUAUACUGUUAGAAAUUAAGCUACCCAAAGUCCAUUCCAGACUUUUUGUUCUUGAUUCUGGGCACAGGAUAACUGCACCUUAGCAGGAGAGAAAGUAGUGUGCUUUGUUUACUUGAACAGCUCGCUGGGGCUUGCUCUGGAGCUUUGGAAGUCCUGGGCACCAAAAAAAAAAAAAAAAAUGUUAGCUUAAAGGCUGCAAGGAGGUUUAUGAAAGAAAUGAAGUCCUACUCAGCUAUAAAUUCAAACUGUCCCUUAUUCCUGUAGACUCCUGGAACAAAUGUGAUGAGCUCAUUAUGUAGACGUUUUUAAAGAAUGAAGAAAAAAAGCCUUAGUCUUCCACUGCAUUUGAUUUCUCCUGGCCCUGUCCCAGAAAGGAAAACCCUCUCUUUAAAAAAAAAAAAAAAAAAAAAAAAAAAAAAAAUCCUUCCCCAUUGCCACUGAGAGUGAAAGCACAGUAGUGCUCAGUCAUACAUUUACAGGGUACAGGUAGGAACUAGCAAACUGAAUAUUUUUAAGGUGGUCUUACUAAGUGGUAUUAUAUGGUCAAGAUAUAAAAACCUACAGUGUAUCCUGGGGACAGGGACAACUCUGAGAACAUCUUGAUGAAGACAGAUUCAGGAUGGCUUCACCAAGUCUCAUCACAUUGAGUAGGUUAGAAUUUGCAACAGUUUGAGGAUCAGUUGGGCAACAACUCUUCUUCUCGGUAGUAUGGAAUGAUGUAUUUUUGUAUAACUGUUUCAGGUGACACUGCUUACAUAUUGAUUCCUUGUGUGGAUUUGAAUGGAAUGAGGUACUCGUACCACCAGAACUGGAUACUUAUUUUGUUUUCUGGAUGCCAAUAAACUUUCAGUUGUAGCUUGA